AUGUCAAUCAAAGUAUUUAUUCAUGCCUUGGUGAUGUUUGUGAUAUUGAUCAUUAGUGCUAAUGCUCAAGUAUUCAAUGUCAUGGAUUAUGGAGCUACCGGAGACGGAAAAAGUGACGAUUCUUUGGCAUUUUCGAAGUCAUGGAACGAGACAUGCAUGGCAUUGGGAAACCCUACACUGAUAAUUCCGAAAGGAAAGACAUUUUUGCUAUCUCUUACAACAUUCUCAGGCCCUUGCAAGUCUACCAACAUUAGCAUUAUGUUAUCAGGAACAAUUGUAGCACCUAAUGGCCCAAAGGAAUGGAAAGCAAGUGAUAUUUCAAGAUGGUUGACAUUUAAGGACAUACAUGGACUUACAGUAACUGGUUUUGGCCUAAUUGAUGGCCGUGGUAAGGACUGGUGGGGUGUCUCUUGCAGAUACUAUAAGAAUAAGGAGUGUCUCACCCAAAUGCCCACCUUUUGCCGCCGCCUUUUUCCGACUCCCAUGCCAUCCUCUGACCCGCCGUUCGUUUGUCUUCCACCAUGGAAGACGAAUCAGAGUUCGUCUCCCAUGGUGAAUGGUGGUUUGUCUUCCUUUAUGGAAGACGUACGAGAUCUGAUUCGUCUUUAUCAAGACGAUCAGUCAGAGCUGUUUACAGGAGGGGCGCAUCGGGCAGUAAGAUUUGAAAAUUGUGAAGAUAUUCGAAUGAACAAUAUAUACUUUGUAAAUAGUCCACAAUGUCACAUUCUGGUAUCUGGAUGCCGAUAUGUGGACUUGAGAUUUUUGAACAUAAAAGCUUCUGCAGAUAGCCCCAAUACUGAUGGCAUUCACAUUUCUUCUUCUCAUAAUGUCUCCCUUCAACAUUUGACUAUCGGUACCGGUGAUGAUUGUAUUUCGAUUGGGGAUUAUACAAGCAAUAUCAAUAUUGUUGGUGUUCGUUGUGGACCUGGUCAUGGUAUAAGCAUUGGAAGCUUAGGAGGAGGAGGAAAUGAGGUGCAAGUAGAGAACAUCACAGUUCAUGAUGCCCAUUUUUAUGGCUCUACCAAUGGAGUUCGCAUCAAAACAUGGCAGGUAGGGCGAGGCAAUGUAAAAAAUAUUCAUUUCUCCAAUUUGACCUUCGAAAAUGUGGACAAUCCGAUAAUUAUUGAUCAACAUUAUGGCGAUCUUCGAGCUCCACCUACUAAUACUGGAGUUCAUAUAAGCAAUGUGAGCUACUACGGAGCGACGGGGAGUUCGAAGACGAAGGUGGCGAUAAAUCUGAACUGCAGCAGUAUUGUUCCGUGCACCGAUAUAACAUUAGAGAAUAUUAAAUUGGAUUCAGCUGUAGCAGGCAACAAGCUCUCUUCUAGCUGUAACUUUGCUCAUGGAUUCACUAAAGGAUACGUCACUCCAUCUUCUUGCCUUGUACAAUAAGUUUCACCAAACGAAACCCUAGAAAUUUCAUGUUCUUACAUGUUUUGACCAACUUGCUUUGCUGGACUCUUUGUCUGUAAUGUUGUUGUUGUAUU